ACAGAGUUCCUGGUUCCAGUCUGAGUUCACCUGUGUUAACUGUGCACCCUUACACAGUUUCCAAGAUAACAAGGAUCUCUGGCGUGGGAGCAACGACUUAGCAGCAGUGUACAGAAACAACUCUCAACAACAGCUCUUUGAAAUCAUUUGAAGAUGAUGCGAUUGCUGUUCCUGUGUCUGCUGCUGCUGCUGCCAGCUGCUACUGCUGUUUCAGAAGUGACAGAGGGAUCAGGCGAUUUUGAUGUGGAUGAUGAGGAUCUCGUUGGGAGAAAUGUGAUUUCAGAUAUUUUGAGGGACCAUCCCUCUGUCUCAAAUGCAGAUAAAACUACAGGUGUAGAUGAGACAUCAGAAGACAAUAAGUUCACCCUGAUCAUCGUCAUCACAGCUGUGACCGUGUUGACUCUUUCAGUCGCAGCAAUAGUCACUAUAAUGUUAGUAAGACGCAAAAUGCAAUAUCGGGAGCAAGGUAUCUACUCCGUGCCUACAGAGCAGGACCAGAAAAGAGCUGUUCCGUUCCUGGUGGAGUAGCAGUCCUAUGACUCAUGAACAAGAAAAGAGCACAGCACAGGGCUGUGUCACCUCCUACACUUUGACUCAGGACAGUUUGACUUCUAUGCACAAAUGCCUGCUUACCAUUCCAGUUCACUCUUUACUCCUACACAAACUCCUAUGAGUACAUUUGCAAUAUGUGUUUCACUCUUACAUACUUUACUUCUCUGUCCCUGCCGUUUCUGCUCCACAUACAGUUUAGCCCGGGACAUUUGGAAAGCAUUCAAACCUUCUAAUUGGAUUCUAUUUGAGGAAUCCAAAUCAAAGCCAGUGAAUAUGGCUUAAAGCUUCUUUUGUUAAAAGGGAUAAUUUAGCACAGCCACAGCUCCCCCCUUCUUUUACUACCUGAAACAAGAAAUUAUUCCCACCAGCUAUGCAGUGAAUUUGCGUUUGAUUUGGUGCGAGUGGAACAGACCUGUGUGUGAAACAGUCGAUGAGUGAGACAAAUCAUACUAAUCCACACACUAAGCCAGCCCAGUACUCACUUCAUUCUCCUAUUCACUCGUCUGACAUCUUCUGUUCCUGGCCCAUUAGGACUGACAGGAGGCAGUGUUAUAAGAAGAUAAAAAGCCUGUUCCCCCUCUGCUGAACCUCAGGAAAAUAAGAAUCGAGUUGAAAUAACCAGUUUGAACAUAUUCUAGGCGAAGCAGCAAAUUAAUCGACCGCCAUGAGUGAUGAUGUUUUCUCCCCCCCCCCCCUCUCUUUUUCGUUUUGAAAGGCUUUCACUUAAGUCUUGCAGAUUGUAAAUAGCUUUCUGAAUGCUGUAGAGAGUUAGAUUAAUGCCUCAGACACUCUUUGAAAGAAGCUGGAUAAAAUCUCCCGAAUGGAAAUAAGUGUUGUGGAUGAUUGAGAAAAUACAUGCCUUUUGUUUAAUUUCUAAAAGCAUGGUGGCUUCUCUGUUUUUAUGUAAAUGGAAAUCAAUCAUGUUGUAUAGAAGAGAGCUCUCUUUCUAAAAACCAAAGGCACCGGUUGCUUUAUUUGUUGCAGAGUGAGGAAGUUUGUGUGGUAAUGGGGAAAGGGGAAGAGGACAUGCCCCUGUUUGACAUGACAGUAUUUCAUUUGUGGCUCUUUGAGCAGCACUUAUAAUGGAGUUAGUAGCAAAGGGAAUGGUAACAUGGGGUUAAACACUGGAUUUGUCAUAGCACAAUCUCACUUUGCUCUUCCACUAAAUCUUGCAGCUAAUAUUGUCACUGGGGGCAGGCUUUGGCUUCCUUCCAGAUAGACUUGAGAGCAAAAAGCAGUUGUGAAGUCAUGUCUUCAUCAGGGUGCACAGUGGUUAUAUGUCAGUGCUUAAGUCUAUAAAAAGAUGUAUUCCAGUUUAUUUAGCACAAUUCAGUAGCACAUGUCAUUGUUUGUGUUUUUUACUGUUCUAUUUGAGCACUGUGUGUACAGUUUGUAAUCCUUCAGUGUGCGUCAGCAUUUCAAAGUGAGGACAAUUAAACAAAAUUUGCAGUACAAAACAUUUCAGGGUUUUUUUUAAGUCUUUCCUGUCUACUAUUUUUUGUAUUUAUCUAUAUAUACUGUUUCUCAAAGGUAAACAAACCACAGUGCAUGGUCAUUUAAACGCAGCUGAGUAUUUUGUUUUAACUCUUUGUCCAUGUAGAAAGUUAACAAAGUUGUGCAAUCAUCCACAGAAAAAUCCAAAAUGUUUUUAGUUUAGUGUAGCUCCAAGCAUAGAGUUAGGGUCAAAAUGAGGAACCUAGUGUUAAGGUCAUACUUACUGUACAGCCUCAAGUUAAAGAAAAGUAUUUCCUCCUGUAACCCCUUUCUGCUUUGUCACUACUAAUGUAAAUGCAGCAAAUUAAACCUUUACCCCCCCCCCCCCCCCUCUCUCUCAAAGUAGGUAUUUGCAAUGGUUAUUUUAUUUGUCACUUUAAAAUUAGCUGACUCUUUUUUCUGUCCAGGCUAAAGUAUGGUGGCCCCAAAAGCUCAACACACUUCAACUUAAGAAAGCACACGGAAAGAGAAAACAUCAUAUUAAUCAAACCGCUAUUCCAAAAAUACUUUUCUGUUGUUGCAUCAAAGUUUUUAUUUUUGUUAAAGCUGCACAAACUGGUCAAAAUAUCCUCCAUGUUUGUAUUUUGUCUGUUUUAGAUAUAUUAUUAAGUUACAGUGUGUUGGGCUUUUAGAGACACGGCCCUUAAAACAAUACAUGACCUUUUCCAAUUAUCCUCAUUUCUUUUGUUAUAUAUAAUGUGUUGUUUAAAAUGUGUACUGAGCUAUCAUGUGCCUUGUCACUUGUUAUGGUAAAACUAAUGCAUUUGGCGAGAUGUUCUUUUUAUAUAACUGUUGAAUUAUAGGGGUGAGGUCUUCUCUCCUCUGCUCAGUUCAAAUAUGUAGCGGGCUGAAGUCAUGUUAUUUGCAAAAAUUGUAUUUUCUAUAAGAUUUUAGUAUUUUUGCAUCUAAUUGCAGCAAAUACAAAACAAAAAAGCUUGGACCUUAUGUUAAGUUCUUGUGUUUAUGUGCAGUUGUGUAUCCAGACUAAUUCAUACUUUUUUUAAUGAUGUAAUUAUUAACAAAGUGUCUAAAACAUGAGUGUACUUCUCACAGGAAAAACAAUGGCAGAAGGUCAUUGUAUGUCAUGCAUUCCAUUCUGUCUGCACAUUUGCUGUCUCCUGAAUUUAAAUGUUAUAAUACUGCUGUUAAGUAUGUAGGUGUGCUGAACUCUGAAUUGUUAUUUGUGUCAUUAAAUUUGUUGUAAAAUUUG